AUGUUUCUUCAAGGUUCAAUGAGUUUUGCUGCUUUGACCCUUUUCUUGCUCCUACCAACGGUGCCUUAUCAAGCACACGCAUCAAGCCGUGGCUCCUUAGGCAGAAACAUCAACCCUCCAGUGUAUGGUAUAUGUACCUCUUCUGUCAUUGUGCAUGGAUACAAGUGCCAAGAACACGAGGUUACCACUGAUGAUGGAUAUAUUCUGAGUUUGCAAAGAAUCCCAGAAGGUCGAGGUAAGGGUAAUGACAGUAGAAGUAGGAAACAACCAGUGAUCAUACAACACGGAGUUCUAGUGGAUGGUAUGACAUGGCUUCUGAACCCUCCAGAGCAAGACCUACCUUUGAUUUUAGCUGAUAAUGGCUUUGAUGUGUGGAUUGCAAACACCAGAGGAACCAGAUUUAGCCGCCGACACAUCUCAUUGGACCCCUCUAGCCCGGCCUUUUGGAAUUGGUCUUGGGAUGAACUUGUCUCCUAUGAUCUACCUGCCAUCUUUAAUUAUGUAUUCAGCCAAACGGGGCUGAAGAUCAAUUAUGUUGGUCAUUCCUUGGGAACUUUGAUAGCUUUGGCAUCCUUCUCCGAAGGGAAAUUGGUUAAUCAGCUGAAAUCAGCAGCCUUGUUAAGUCCUAUAGCCUAUUUAAGCCAUAUGAACACAGCACUUGGUGUUAUUGCAGCUAAGUCCUUUGUUGGUGAGGUCACUACCCUCUUUGGUCUGGCAGAAUUUAAUCCAAAAGGGUUACCUGUUGAUGCCUUUCUCAAGUCUCUCUGCGCUUACCCUGGGAUAGACUGCUAUGAUUUGUUGACUGCACUAACUGGUCUAAGUAAAAAUUGUUGCCUCAAUUUUUCAACUGUUGAUCUAUUCUUGAUGAAUGAACCUCAGUCAACAUCAACAAAGAAUAUGGUGCACUUGGCUCAGACUGUUAGACAUGGGGUGUUGACAAAAUUUAAUUAUGUGAGACCAGACUAUAAUAUUAUGCAUUAUGGAGAAAUAUUCCCUCCAAUCUACAAUCUUUCAAAUAUCCCCCAUGACCUCCCUCUCUUCAUUAGCUAUGGGGGAAGAGAUGCACUUUCAGAUGUUCGUGAUGUUGAGAAUUUACUUGAUAACCUCAAGUUCCAUAAUGAGGACAAGCGCAGUGUCCAGUUCAUCGAGGAAUAUGCUCAUGCUGACUACAUAAUGGGGUUCAAUGCCAAGGAUUUAGUAUACAAUGCUAUUGUUUCAUUUUUCAAUCAUCAAGUCAAUACUUGA